ACUGGACUGCAGCCCAUUGGACAUUUAACUAAAAAGUGUUUGCUGCGUAGUAAGAAGCACAAGGCCUACAGUCUACAGUCCAACAACACUGGAACAGAGCUACGUCAGCAAAGAUGGCAAAUCCACUACAGAAGCUUGUGUCUGAGAAAAAGGACAUGGUGGAGACAGUGAUGGAAGUGUUUGAGCAAGGAGCUGAAGUGGUGGCCAGCAUCGCCGGUGACCUCUUCCCCGUCUUCUCCAUCGCAGCCCCGAUUGUCAAGCUGGCUCUGGACAACGUGGAGAGCAAAGAGGCCGCAUUCAUGAAGGAGCAGUUUCAGAAGGUCAGAGAUCGGCUGGAUGUAGUGUCUGAGGAGCUUCAGCGGAUCAACGAGGAGAUCAAGAAGAGCGGAGUGGAUUCUACGUACUUCCCCGUUGAGGAAAACAUUACUAAUCAGUUCAGGAAGUACAUGGACAUCCUCAACGCCAAACCUAAGUUCCGGGAAGUGAAGAAGAAGCUCUUCCUGGAGCAUUUCGCCAAGACCGGAGGCGACAAAAAUAUUAACACCCUAUACAACGUUGUGAUGGGAGAAAGUUUCUCUGGGGAACCUUUGCUCGAGAUCAUCCUUAACUAUGAGGAGAAAAAUCGCCGGGUGAUGGAAGACUUUUGCGCCCGUCUGAAGAAGCUCUUCUGCAUUGCGCUCAUUGCACUGCUGGGCCACGCUGCUCUGAAAGGAUAUGACGAGGAGGACGAUCUUCUGAAAGAGUGGGGUGAGAAGAUGAAGGCUGUCCAGGGUAAAAUGAACGCUGUCAUUGAAGACUGCAUCGUCAGCUUCCCUAAACAAGCUGAAGAAGACUCCCGACGACUGGUGAGAGAUCAGCAAGAUUUAACCAACCAACAGCUAGUUGUGUGCUAG